AUGGCGAUUUUCAGCUUCUUUUAUUUGGCAUUAGCUUGCACUUCAUUUAUUGCAACUCCAGUUUUGAGUUGCAAUAGUUGCAUCCACCGUUCUAAACUGGCCUAUCAUCACAGCAAAAGGGCUAUUAAAGCUGGUGCAUGCCGAUACGGUUCCUUUGCUGCCAGACUCAAUGGCCCAAAUGUGGCAGCUGCAACCCCCAAAUUAUAUAGAGAUGGCGUCGGAUGUAGCGCAUGCUAUCAGAUAAGGUGUUUGGAUCCGGAUCUGUGUAGCAGGACAUGGCAAAAGAUAGUGGUCACAGACAUCAUGACAAACAACCAAACGGAUUUUAUGGUUCCAAAGCAUACGUUUGCAACCUUGGCCCUCCCACACAAGGGCGCUGCUCUUCAAAGAAAAAGGAUUGUCGACAUCGAAUAUGAAAGGAUCUUCUGCGUAUAUGGACAAAAUCUGACUGUAAAGGUUGAUGAGAGCAGUCGUUAUCCCGACUAUCUGGCUGUGGAAUUUCUGUAUCAAGGAGGACAGACAGAUAUUGUUAACGUAGAUGUUGCGCAGGUUGGGCAUUUUGAGUGGAAGUACUUGACACGCAAAGAUGGAUCAGCGGUGUGGAGCAUAAGCAACCCUCCAAGUGGAGAUCUACAGUUCAGAUUCGUUGUAACUUCAGGGUUUGACGGAUAUAUGUUGUGGCCCGAAAAAGCUGUGCUCCCUCCACACUGGAAAGCAGCUGAAAAAAGAUUAUUUGACACUGGACUUCAGAUCAACCAAAUUGCUCUGGACGGUUGUAGUAAUUCAUGUGAUCUGAAUCAACGGGUGUAG